AUGACAUUUGUUGAAAUACAGUUGUUCUUUUUGUUAUGCAAAACUGAAAUACAACUGUACGUAUUUCCUAAUUUGAUAUUCAGAAUGCCUUCUUCUGAGUACUUCCAUUGCACAUGCGGAACUCGAGUUGCAUUCCUCAAAGAUUACGUUGGAACUGAUGAUGAGCUACCCUACGUGCUAAAAGGGAUCUUUACUGAUAUGUUUAAUAUUGAAGUACCAGAGAAUGAGUCAUAUCAUCAAGAACUAGAUGGCAAUACCGUAGUCGAUACUUUCUGUGUCAACUGUAUGGACCGGCUCAGGUGGAAAUUUAUUGCGGUCCCCAAAGGCAGUCGUUAUGAAGAAGGACAACUCUUGAUGAUGUUGGAGAAGCUUACUUACACUAAUGAUCAAAUCUUAGAUCCUUAUGAGGAAAAUGUUGAUCAAGCUGGAGGCCCUAAUGAGGAAAAUAAUGAUAAUCAAGAUGGAGGUGAAAACAAUGAUAAUCAAGAUGGAGGUGCUGCUAAUGAGGAAAAUGCUGAUAGUCAACUCUUAGUUCCUAAUGGACCGCCUAAUGGGCAUAUUGGUCGAAAUCCAAACAUUUGA